CGAGUCGGACGGGAACCCCAGCACAGAGGACGAGUUGAGCCGGGGGCCAGAGGAGACUGAGCUGGCCGUGGGGACGCCGGCCGUGCCGGAUGGGGCCGUCGCCGCCGGGAACCUCUUCUUGCCGGCACCCGCCGGGGCCUGCUCCGGGGCCUCGUCCAUCCUGCUCAACGGCAACUUCAUCACUGCGGCCGGCCCACAGGCCAUGCUGCUGAACGGCGGCUCCGUGCUCCAGGCGUCGGGCGGCGUGCUCAUUAACGGGCUGGCGCUGGGCGACAGCCAGACCAUCACCCUGAGCCCUGUGGCAUCCACCCCGCCCGUGCUCCUCAACGGCACCGCCCUGGGCGGGGCCAAGACCCCGCCUGGCGCCGGCCUGGAGUCACCACCGGCCUCCUCGGCCAGGCCUGACAUCAAGGCGGAAGCCGGGGAGGCGCUGCCCUCCGUGGUGUUCGGCCCGGGCGCCGUGGAGGUGAAGACGGAGGAGAGCCAGGCCGUCAGGACCCUGUCCGAGGUGCCCACGCUCCUUCCCCUGCCCCCGGCCGCGUCCGACCCGAAGGGGGCGCUGCUUCCCGCUCCGGCCGGCUCAGUGCCCCAGGUGGUGCCGUCGGGCGAGGAAGCCCCCUGCCCGGCCCCGGCGCUCCCCCAGCCGGUGGCCUCUGGCUCUCAGAUUGUCCCCCUCUCCCAAGUGGUGCCCGGUUCUCAGCCCGGCCAGGCCCUGCCCGUGACGUCCCCUCCCCCGGCUGCCGCCUCGCUCCUCCAGGGCUCUCCCCUGCUGUCCUUCCCUGCCCUCACCUCGCCCAUCCCGGGGUCAGCUCAGGCCGCCCCGGUGCCCGCCGUGGUCCACGUCCCCGCCCCGCCCCUGAUCCCCAUCUCCCAGGUCUCACCCCCCUCCCAGGUAGUGCCCCUGUCCCAGCCGGCCCCAGGCACCCCGGUGCUGUCCCCUCCCCAGAUGGUGCCGCUCUCACCCACCCAGGUCUACUCGGUGCCCCAGGGGGCCCCCGCUCCGCAGCUGGUGUCGGUGCCCCAGGGCUCCCAGCUCAUCUCGCUCCCGCAAGUGGUGCCCACGUCGCAGGUGGUGACGCUGCAGCAGGGGGUGGGGCCGAUCCAGAUCCUAGCCAGCGCCACCCCGCUCAAGGUGGGGGCUCCGCCGGCGGCCAGCGGGACCGUGGGGCAGAGCAACGUGCACCUCAUCAACGCCAACAUGGGUGUGACCACGCUGCAGCUGCCCGCCGGCGCACCAGGGAACUUCCUCCUGACGAACCCAGUGCCGGGCGGCGGCACCAUCCUCACCGGCAUGACGCUCCAGCAGGGCAAACUCAUCCUGACCGCCACCUUCCCGGCCACCAUGCUCAUGUCCCCGGUGCUCUCCGCUCCCGCCAGCAGCCUGGCCCUGCCCAUCAAGCAAGAAACGGCGCCUCUAACAGGCACCAGCGCCCCCGUCCCGGGGCCCAUGAACUCCGAGGGCGCCGGGGCGGGCCAGCCGGCCUUGGCUUUCGGGGACGGUGUAGCCGGCCGUCAGCCUGGCGUCCUCUCGAACUUCCCCCAGGAGGGCCUGGUGCUGUCCCCGCUGCCUCAGCCGGCAGCGUGGCCCGGCUCAGCGGGCAUGGAGAUGCAAGCGGCUGGCACCGAGGGGCUCUUCGAGAUGGAGAAGGGGGCGGUGGAGGUGCUGGACGGCACGGAGCCGAGUGGCCUUCUGCUGCCUGAGGGCGAGGGGCUACUGCUGGGCAGCUCAGGCUGCGACCCCCUGGAUCCCGAGGGCCUCGACUCAGAUGAGAAGGUGCUGACCCAGCUGCAGUCGGUGCCGGUGGAGGAGCCCCUGGACUUAAGGAGCAAAUCCUGCUGCGUGAUUCCAGCGUGCCUGGGACCGUCACCCCGGGGCGCCUCGCCCCACCAGUAUUUAAUGGUCUCACUGUUUUUUGAAUCGCUCUUCCAGCAGGAGGAUAAACACCCCACGAGCUGAACCUUUUAUAUUAAAAAAUAAAGUGCAUUUAACUUUUGUAAACCUUCACUACGUCGGAGCGGUGGCCGCUCCUGCCUUGGCCAGCUGAGGCCGCGUUUCCCGCCAACCUGGUGGGGUUUGUUAGAGGGGGUACGUUGGACUGGUCGAAGGCUUGGGCUCCCCGAAAUCACACUACAAAGCUACUGGAGAGCCGUGUUGGUACGGGGUCCUCUCCACACAGGAUGCCUGCGUUCCAGAUCUACCACAGAACAGGAUCCCGCCCCCUGUGGAACAAUCAGGUUCUAGAUCUGCAGCAGAAUGGGACCCCAUGUCCCAGACCCACACCAGAUCAGAUCCCAGCCUGAUGGAGUAAUCAGGUUCUAAAUCGGUGCCAGACUGGGAUUUCUGCUCCAUGGAGUAACUGGGUUCUGGAUCCACGGUGGAGUGGGAUCUGUCUGCCACCAUGAAGCUGUUGGGUUCUAGAUACACAUCAGAAGGGGAUCCCUGCCCCACGGAGUGCCAGAUUCUAGACCUACAUUGGGAUAGACGCUUUCCCCCGCCAUGGAGCUACUGGAUUCUAGAUCCAUGUCUCGAUGGGAACCCUGCCUCGUGGAGUAGUCAGUUUCUUGAUCCAUGGCAAUAUGGGAUCCUCCCCAAGGAGGUUCUAGAGCCACACUGGAACUGGAGCCUCGACAGUGCAACUGGAACCACAUCAGGAUGGGUUCCCACCCCAUGGAGCUUCCAGGGUUCUAGAUCAUCUGACUGGACCCCAGCCUCAUGGAGCUUCCAGGUUCUAGAUCCACACCGGGAUGGGUUCCCACCCCUUGGAGCAGCUGGCUUCUCUUGGACCCACCUCAGAACAAGCUGCUCUUUGUGGUUUUUCAGUCUUCGUCAUCUUCUGGGACCAGCUCCCCUGUCGUC